AUGGCUCCUGGAAAUGUCUGUUUUGUGACUGAGUUCAUACUGGUGGGGUUAACAGAUCACCCAGAUCUCCAGCUCCCUCUGUUCUUCCUCUUUCUAGCAAUGUAUAUGGUCACAAUGCUGGGAAACUUGGGCUUGAUAACUCUAAUUGGGCUGAAUUCUCACCUUCACACCCCCAUGUACUUUUUCCUCUUUAACUUGUCCUUCACAGACCUCUGUUAUUCUUCUGUUUUUACUCCCAAAAUGUGGCUCAACUUUUUAUCAAAGAUGAAUGUUAUCUCCUAUGAGGGAUGCAUGACCCAAUUCUUCUACUGUUUUUUUGCCCUCUCUGAGUGCUAUCUCCUGUCAGCAAUGGCCUAUGAUAACUAUGUGGCCAUCUGUAAUCUACUCUUGUAUAACAUUGCCAUGUCCCCUAAAGUGUGUUCCAGCCUCAUGUUUGGGUCAUACUUCAUGGCAUUUUCUGAUGCUAUGGCUAACACUGGAUGCCUGCUGAGACUGACCUUCUGUGAUGCCAACAUCAUCAACCAUUACUUCUGUGACAUCCUCCCUGUGCUCCAGCUCUCCUGCAUGAGCACCUAUGUCAAUGAGCUGGUGGUCUUCAUUGUAGUGAGCAUCAACAUCUUUGUGCCCAAUCUCACCAUCUUCUUCUCUUAUAGUUUCAUUCUCUGCAGCAUCCUCCACAUGAAUUCCACUGAGAGCAGGUCUAAAGCCUUCAGUACCUGCAGUUCCCACAUAAUUGCUAUUUCUCUGUUCUUUGGUUCAUUUUCAUUUAUGUAUCUCCAGCCAUCUUCUGCAGGUUCUAUGAAUAAGGGAAAAAUUUCCUCUGUCUUUUACACCAAUGUUAUUCCUAUGAUGAAUCCUUUAAUCUACAGCUUGAGGAAUAAAUAUGUUAAACUUGCCCUGAGAAAAACCCUGAGUAGGAGAAUGUAA